UCUCAUGGCAGCCGCCUCGGCGCCCGGCCCCGAGGCCCGCUAGGGGCGGCCCCGCGCCCCAGCUCGGCCCCUCGGCGGAGCCCGUCGGAUCCGGCCUCGCCUUGCGCCCGGAGCGCGCCGCCUCGCAGCCCGAGAACCGCAAUCUGUGCAGCUUAUCUCCGCACCCGACUGCCUCCCAGCCUGUGCCGUCCCACAGGUGUCCGCACGUACGGCCUUCCAUCCGUCCGUCCUUCCUGGGGCCGGCGCUGACCAUGCCCAGCGGCUGCCGCUGCCUGCAUCUCAUGUGCCUGUUGUGCGUCCUGGGGGCACCGGUUCAGCAUGCCGUAGCCGAUGACUGCAGCUCCCACUGUGACCUGACCCACGGCUGCUGUGCGCCUGACGGCUCCUGCAGGUGUGACCCAGGCUGGGAGGGGCCGCACUGUGAGCGCUGUGUGAGGAUGCCUGGCUGCCAGCAUGGUUCCUGCCACCAGCCCUGGCAGUGCAUCUGUCAUGGUGGCUGGGCGGGCAAGUUCUGUGACAAAGAUGAGCACAUCUGUACCACGCAGUCCCCCUGCCGGAAUGGAGGCCAGUGCGUGUAUGACGGGGGCGGCGAGUACCACUGUGUGUGCCUACCGGGCUUCCACGGACGGGACUGUGAGCGCAAGACUGGACCCUGUGAGCAGGCAGGCUCCCCGUGCCAGAAUGGCGGCCAGUGCCAGGACGACCAGGGCUUUGCCCUCAACUUCACGUGCCGCUGCUUGGCAGGCUUUGUGGGUGCGCACUGUGAGGUGAACGUGGACGACUGUCUGAUGCGGCCUUGUGCUAACGGCGCCACCUGUCUGGAUGGCAUAAACCGCUUCUCCUGCCUCUGCCCCGAGGGCUUUGCUGGACGCUUUUGCACCAUCAACCUGGAUGACUGUGCCAGCCGCCCCUGCCAGAGAGGGGCCCGCUGUCGGGACCGGGUCCAUGACUUCGACUGUCUCUGUCCCAGCGGCUAUGGCGGCAAGACUUGCGAGCUCGUCUUACCUGGCCCAGCCCCUGCCACCACGGCAGACAUGCCCCUGGGGCCCACCUCGGCUAUGGCGGUGCCUGCCACGGGGCCUGUCCCCCACAGCGCAGGGGCGGGCCUGCUGCGCAUCUCAGUGAAGGAGGUGGUGCGUAGGCAAGAGGCCAGGCUGGGUGAGUCUAGCCUGGUGGCCGUGGUGGUGUUCGGGGCCCUCACUGCCACCCUGGUCCUGUCCACGGUGUUGCUGACCCUGAGGGCCUGGCGCCGGGGUGUCUGUCCCCCUGGACCCUGUUGCUACUCUGCACCGCACUACGCCCCCGCACGCCAGGACCAAGAAUGUCAGGUCAGCAUGCUGCCUGCAGGGCUCCCCCCGCCACCUGCCCUGCCCCCGGAGCCUGGGAAGACCACGGCACUGUGAUGGCGGUGGGGCUUUUGUGCCGCCUCCACCUCCUCUGUCCUUCAGACUGGAAUGGUCCUCACUUGCCACCCCUCAGCGGCUUCACACAAGAAAUAUUAUUUUUUUAAUACGCAGAAUGUAAGAUGGGAAUCUUAUUCAAUAAAACUAUGAAGUCAUAAGUGGA